AAAUCUGAAAAGUAAAAGGCCGACCUGCUUAUUGUUGUUUGAAUCAAGGAAUAACUUGAAUUAUAUAUAGCACUGAAAGCUGCCCCCAAAACGCUCGACCGAUGGCGAAGCGCAAGGAGAUUUACAAGUAUGAGGCUCCGUGGACCGUGUAUUCAAUGAACUGGAGCGUUCGGCAGGAUAAACGAUUCCGAUUGGCGCUCGGUAGCUUCGUUGAGGAGUAUAAUAAUAAGGUCCAAAUCGUUUCCCUUGAUGAGGAGAGUUCGGAAUUUGUGGCCCGCUCGACAUUCGAACACCCCUAUCCAACGACGAAGCUUAUGUGGAUCCCGGAUGCCAAGGGUGCCAUGCCGGAUCUGCUAGCCACUUCGGGCGACUACCUUCGCGUCUGGAGGGUUGGCGACCCCUCUCAACAGCCACAGGGCAACGAUAAUGCAGCGACAAGACUCGAGUGCCUUCUUAACAAUAAUAAGCACAGCGAAUUUUGUGCCCCCUUGACAUCAUUUGACUGGAACGAAGUGGACUGCAACUUAUUAGGCACUUCCUCAAUAGAUACCACUUGUACUAUAUGGGGACUUGAAACUGGACAAGUCAUAGGCCAGGUGGGCGGACGCGUCCAAGGACAUGUAAGAACUCAACUCAUCGCCCAUGAUAAAGAGGUAUACGACAUUGCCUUCAGUCGCGCCGGUGGAGGCAGAGACAUGUUUGCGUCCGUCGGAGCUGACGGGAGCGUACGAAUGUUUGACCUUCGGCACCUCGAGCAUUCGACCAUCAUCUACGAGGACGCUGGACAUCAUCCCCUAUUGCGAUUAGCAUGGAAUAAGCAGGAUCCUAACUAUUUAGCCACUUUCGCGAUGGAUGCGUGCGAUGUGAUCAUCCUUGAUGUUCGCGUACCGUGUACGCCCGUCGCACGACUCAACAAUCACCGAGCUUGCGUAAACGGAGUUGCCUGGGCACCGCAUUCUUCGUGUCACAUUUGCACUGCCGCGGAUGAUCGCCAGGCAUUAAUCUGGGACAUCCAGCAGAUGCCGCGUGCCAUCGAAGAUCCGAUUCUGGCGUACACGGCAGAUGGCGAAAUUAAUCAGAUUCAAUGGGCGUCAUCCCAACCCGAUUGGAUUGCCAUCUGCUACAACUCGUGCCUAGAAAUACUACGUGUCUGAAAAUAGUUCAAAAAUUCCUUCCUAUUUGUCAUACAUCAUACGAUUCGUCUAUGGCACAGAACUGCAGCAAACUGCGGUGAAUCCCCGUUAU